CGCCGUGAACGCAAUGGUCGGGAAGAACCUCACAAGUCCCGGAGGUUACCUGAGUGUGAUCAACGAGGAAACCCCUCCCGACGACUCCCCCCCGACGCCUCCCGACUCCUCCCCUCCCGACCCCCCGCCGAGGCCGACCCUCCUGGCCGUCCCCUCCAAGGUGGAGGUCGAGGUCGGGCACAGGGCAGUCCUCGAGUGCAUCACAGACGACGUGUCACGACCUCGUCUCGACUGGUCGCGAAUUGACGGCCGCAGCAUCAGGAAGAAGGGCGUGGCGAGGGAGGGCCAGGGCUCCCUCGUCUUCCAGCAGGUCAGGGAGCAGGACGCCGGGGUCUACAACUGCUCGGUCAUCAGUCCGCUGCUGCAUGACCCCGUGACGCAGAUGAUCGAGCUGUCGGUGCUGGAGCCCCCUCGCGUGGACGUCCAGCCCCGCAGGAAGAUCGUGCGCAACGGCGGCUCCAUCGUGCGCCUCAACUGCACGGCCACGGGCGUCCCUCUGCCGGAGGUGAGCUGGCACAAGGACGGGCGGCCGAUCCCGAGGACAGGCCGCCACACCGUCAUCACGCAAGUCAGCGAGACGAGGACGCUCACCCGACAGCAGCUGGCCAUCAGCAAUAUCAUGGCCAAUGACAGUGGCAUCUUCCAGUGCAUCGUGAAGAACCGCGUGGGCGUGGCCUCCGAAGCCGCCCUCCUCAAGGUCGACCUUCCCGACGACAUGCCCGGGGCGCCGCUGAACCUGAGGGUGACCCGCACGACCUCCUCCAGCAUCGAGGUCAAGUGGGACCCCCCGCCCGCGCCCCCCGGGAAGGAGGGCAGGAGGGAGAGGGAGAGUCAGGGCUACGUCCUCCACUACUUCCAGAUGAACGACCGCGGCCCCGAGAAGCAGUGCGUGACCAACAUCACCAGUUACGAGAUCCUGAAGCUGACUCCCUACACUCUCUACUCGAUCUACGUGCGCACUUUCGUCAUCUAUCAGGAGCAGCAGAACCACCUGAUUGGGGAACCGUCGGCUACGCUGGUGGUGCGCACGAAAGCAAACCGUCCAUCCAGCACCCCGAGCAUCGAGCUCCACCCGGUGUCCCCGACGACGCUGCGGGUGACCUGGACGCCCCUGAGCCUGAAGGAGGCGCGAGGGGCGGUGGUGAAGCAGAAGAUCCAGUGGAGGAGGUGGAGGAUGCACUUCCACGAGAAUGCGGAGCUGGCGGCCGAGGACGUGGAGUUCGAGAUUCGAGACCUCCGGCCGAACAAGCGCUACGAGGUGCGCGUGCUCGUGGCCACCGAGUCGGGUUAUCCUGAACACGAGUCGAACCUCCAGUGGACGCACAUCCGCAUGCCCAGCGACGCCGACCUCAGCACGAAGCCCAUCGUCCAUCUCAGCGUCUACAGCGAGACGCCCGACGCCAUCCAGGUCGACUGGGUUCUGCCCGACCAACUCCGCACCAAGGUUCUGUGGUACGUCCUCACCUACAACAGCACAGCGGAGAACAAAGUUAUGAAGGAUUUAGAACCCUCCAGCACUUCGUAUGUUCUCGAUCAGCUGGACCUCCACACCAACUACACCGUGAAACUCGAGCCGAUGUACAAGAACGGGCGCGCCGGCUCGGGCAUCAGCCGCACCAUCAGGACGCUGCCCGUCGACGCCCACCCGACGCCCGCCCACGGCCACCUGCGGAAGAUGGGCGUCAAGAACCUCAAGGUCAAGACGAUCAACUCCACCUGCAUCCAGAUGUCGUGGCGCCCCACCGGCCGGAGGGUCACGCCCGACUUCUACACCGUCAGGAUGGUCAACCUCGGCCUCCAGAGCGAAGGGGGGCGCGCGCCGGGCCCCGCGGACCUCGCCCUCGGGGAGCGCGGGAGGACGGACUUCUCCUGGAUCAAGAGCGAGCUGGAAUUCCCUUCCUCGGAGAACACGGUCAAGAAAACUCAGACGAAAGACGGGAAGAGGAGAGAACAGGCGAGAGACCGCAAUAAAGACAGAGAAGCAGCUAGAGAAGGAGGAGGAGGAGGAGGAGGAGGAGGAGGAGGAGGAGAACACGAGGGAGAAACGUUAGAAGAAGAUUUCGAGGCGGAAGAGGGACACAGAAGAGGUCAGAAUAACGAGCGAAGAGGAGGAGGAGCAGAAGGAGAAGAAGGAGGAGGAGGAAGAGGAAGAGGAAUAAGAUUUGGAAUAGAAGGGGGAACGGAAGGCAAGGAGGAAGACUUCCCCGUUCGGUACAUCCGGGUCACUAGAAGGUCAAUCCUGCCCUGUGACCUUCGACCCUGCAGCGGCUACGAGGUCAGUGUCACGGCGUGGGCGGAGGGCGUCACGAGCAGGCCGACGCCGCCCAUAAGGACCUCCACCAAGGAAGGAGUCCCGAGCGCCCCCAUCAACGUGUCGUGGACGCCCGUGACCCCGAAGGACGUGGCCCUGCGCUGGAGUCCCCCGAAGGACAUCAACGGCGUCCUCCUCAACUACCUCGUCAGCUACAGCCACGACCAGCAGGAGUGGAGGAAUCAGACGGUGUCCCACGAGGCCACGUCCACGGAGAUCCGCGGCCUCAUCUCCAACACCAACUACACCCUAAGCAUCUCGGGCGUCACGCGGGGGGGAGUUGGGCGCCAGACGAAGGUGUACGUGUACAUCCGGGCCAUCCUGUUCACGGGCGAGGAGGCGCAGACGUCGUUCCAGCUGACCGUCAUCGUGGUGGCAGUGCUGGUGGCAGUGACAUGUGCCGUGGUGCUGAUCGUGUGCGUCAGGAUGGCACGAUUGAGGAGAACUGCCGGACACCCGACGCUGCAGGGCAACGGCAGCUGCAGGUACGUCUCGGCGAACGGCGUGAAGACCGGACCGACGUCGGGAACGGCCGAGAGCGAGAGCGAGAUGAACGCCUACCAGCCCAUGCUCACCUCCUUGCCGCCCGCCACUCACAACCACCACCUCGACACGAAGGGCGGUCCUGGCCUGCAUGACGAUGGCAUCGUUGCCAACUGCCUCCACGAUGUCCAUACGAGUCAGAUAACGCUUGGCAGGGUGAUCACACAUCUGCCUAACACCGCUGACGUGGCGAGCACCGGCCUGUUCCCCGCGCGCGACGCAGCCUCCAAGGGCGUCGAGGACAGCCUAGACGACAUCGACGACGACGACGACGACGCGAACAGCACGCUCCUGCAGGGCGUGGCGGCGGCGGCCGACCUCAAGAGGAGCCUCGUCGACCCCAAGAGGGACGCCGCCGAUCCCAGGAGGGAGCCGGCUGAGCCCGAAGGCGCUCCUCCCAGAUCGAACGACGGUGCGCAGGCGGCCGAGGGCGCCUCAUCCUAGUUAUUACAAGAGAUAUUUUUAUGUUCUGUUUUUCUCUUUUUUGUUUCUUUCUUAUUAUAUAUUUUUCUUUCCCUCUAGCCUAAAACUGACGGGUGAAGGAACGGGUUUAGAGAGUAGCUUAGGUUGGUGCAACGGGACGAGGCCGCGCGCGCGGCGAGAGAGGGACCGCGCGCGCCCGCCGCGGCGCCGCCCCAUUUCCCUCUCUUCUCGUCCUCCGAGGCGCAGACCUCGUCCGGGGAGACGGCCUCGCAGCAGCCGCUCCCGGGGAACAUCUCCGGGCCUUCGAAGGGAGCGAGGAAUGGAAGGAGACGGAGAAAUGACAAAGAAAUGCUUCAAGGCCGAGACGCCACGAGACUGGCGAGGAGGCCCGGGCUGACGCUCGGCCUCCCGACUGCCUCGGCAUCCGUGCGUCGACGCUGCAUCCCCUCCCCCCUUCUUGCACGCGACGCGAGUGCCGGAGGGCUGUGCAGGCCUUAGCAUCGAUACGGGUUUGAGGGCUGGGCGCGGGCGUCGCGAGGCCAGCCACCUUCCCUUGCAGAGAGGACUGUCCAAAGGCAGGGAGAUCCCAGGGUAUAAAUCAUAGGUACUUGACACCUGUUCGCGUGUGUAGAGAGGUGCUUAUUCCUUUCCUCUUUUUUAAUUUUAAUUUGUAAUUCCUUUUUUUCACAGUUGUUGUUUUUUAUAUAUAUGGUCCCCGUUAUCCAUUAAUGAUAGUUCGUGUCUGAGCACAUGAGCUUUACCAUGUGUUUCGCGUGGAGACUGCCUUCGUUUGAGGCGACGGGCGGCGAGGAGGCAGGCGGGGCUCUGCUUUUGUGUAUUAAUCUUUUCUGUUCCUUUUUUGCU